AUGGAAAAUCCCUUCGAGUCCGGUGGGCUCAAGUCGACUCUGGGGGUAUGUAUCCGAUUGAUCCUAUGGGGGUUCCUCGGACUCGUCGUCUCGAUCGUCAUGCUUGUUGGGGGUAUCUUCCUCAGUCCCGUUACUGUGGCGUCUGCUUGCGCUUCCGCUUAUGCUUUCUCGCGUGAUUCUAUUCGGCAUGGAUGGAUCAAUGGUUCACGUGUGAUUCGGACCUUAUUUGAGAACAUUACAAAUACCACCCUGGACUUCCCCUCGCAGCUUUUCAAAGGGUGGCCGAAUACUUUUAGUUUGACCUCUAGGCUUUCGCAGCAUAUGGCGAAUUCUAGAAGAAAAUUCUUCCAGUUCGGAGGGGAUUCCUCCAGGUAUAGUGGUAGUUUUUCUGGUGAUCUUACAAUUAGUUCCGCCGAUACCUUUGGUUAUAAUCUUGAGCCGGCCUAUGAGGAUCGGGUUCUUUAUGAUCGAGACGAUUGGAUUACUUCGAUGCUCCCAGACCAGCAGGUACCUAACACGCCUCGUAACACCUGGACUGUUCAGUCUCGUGAUGCUCGUGAUGCGUCCGGAGGGCAUGUUCAUAUGUCAACCAAAGACGGCAUUGUUGUUAUCGAUUAUGUCUACCGUCCAGAGGAUGGCUCAUUCCCCCAUGUACGCCCCAUCGUCAAUGAACUCUACCAGACAGCCCAUGGCACAACCCCGCUGAAACAUAUUCUUGUUACUAAUGUUGAUGGCACCGACUACCUACGUUUCGAUAUUUCCCCUGUCUCUGACUUUGCUUAG